AUGUCAGCACCCGCCAGAUUCCUCCCCCGCCUCCGGCCUCUCGUGCCGCGCAUCGCCCGUGUGCCCCGAGGUGCCUUCAUCACGAGCCAGUCGCAAACCGGCCCGGCACCCAUCGAGCCCUCCCAGACUCAAGCCCACCCGCUGGGCGCAUACUACGAUGCGAUCCUCAACGACCCCCAACCCAUCCCCGAUGUGAAGCCCGAGGAGCCCCCAAACUCCUCCGUCCACAAGCAGGAGCAAGGCCGUAAGACGUCGCCUCCCUCCCCAAGCCCAAGCCCAAAUCCAACCCAAACCACCGAACCCGUUGCUGAAGCUCUAUCCGCACAGCCGGUGCCGACGCCGCCGCCGCAAACCGCGGCUGAAAAGGCCGCUAUUGUCUUCGGCUCCGCCCUGGCCGGCCCUGCCGCGCGCCAGAAGCGUCUCGAGGAGCUGCGUUCCAAGAGCACGACGAUAGCGGGGGUGACAAUUCCCCCGCGACCGGAAGAGCCGGAUAAUUGUUGCAUGAGCGGCUGCGUCAAUUGCGUGUGGGAACGGUACAGAGAGGAAAUGGAAGACUGGUCGGCGGCGAAUGCGGAGGCACAGUUGAAGUUGAAGGAGCAGCAAGGGGCAGUGGAUUCGAAUACCAUGGAUGACGAUGGCGGCGGUUCAGACACCAAUUGGGUGCCGCAGGAUCCCAAGAUUGCGAAGAAUAUGUGGGACGAGAAACUCUAUGACGACGUCCCAGUAGGCAUCCGAGAGUUCAUGAAGACAGAGAAGAAGCUGAAAGCUGUACAUGAAAAAGAGGGUACAACUGGAGGCUGA